CUGUUUUCAUCUUCUCCUCUCAUUGAUUGUGUGUCUUCAAAUCGAAAACUUGUUUUAGGCUGGACAUAACUUGUAGAAGAGGAUCAGGAGAAACAACCUCCUACGCAUAAGUUUAUCAUUCGUUGCGACAUCAAGUUCCUCCUUCAGUCACAUUGCCGUGUCCUAUCGCUGCUGAAAAAAGCGGGCCCUCGGCGCCUGGUAGGGAUAGUCGCACACGACCUGCUUGGAAUGAUUCUGAGUAACAGAUAACUAUUCGAGAUUCUCGGACAGCUCCUUGCAUCCACCGCCCAACACGCCAAUUAGCCACCUGCCGAUAUCUGGUGAGCCUGAUUCUACACAUGUCACAACAACUCAACAUGGCCAUGGAAUCGACUUUCUCUACUCGCCAAGGAACCGAUGCUCAGCCCCUUUCUGAAAUGAGCGGCUCAUUUGUCUCCAACCAGUCAAACUACAGCGGCAGCCCUGUGACUGAAACCAUCGUUGAUGUUGAGCCGUGGAUGCAAGAGAUGCUGAACGAGGAUCUCUUCUCCACUCCUCCUUUAGAAUUUGGCUCUGCAUACCCUGGGUUCAUGGCCGCUGCCUCCGAGACUUCGCCCUCCGCACCCACAAUGAACGAUUCUGAAUUGUUGGCACCCAACACAUGGCCUACUUUCGCCACCGACAACUACGGCUUUGUGCAAAACGGAGACUCCGCUUUUGUGCCUGAAGCUGCAGAUUUCCCUUCGUUCAGCACUUCGACGGCCUUUGACGAAGAAUUGGCCUCUUUUCUAUCCGGACACCAAGCCUUCGAUGACGGUGCGGCUCUCGCCGAAAUGAACGCUCAACAAAAUUUCGAUGCGUUCUCUGAACCUUUGCCAACCCCCGGGAACCGUGAUGACAAUUCGCAGACCGCUUUUAACCAAAUCGCAGCUGCUUUCCGGGAUUUGGCCCGUGCGAGAGCUGAGGCUGACCCUCGCCCGAUGUCCCGCAAGCAAAAGCAGCGCGACGCGUCAAUUGCUUUGUAUUUGGAGAGACUACGGGAUGCGUGUGAUGACGCCGUCGCCGUUAUUAAUUCCUCCAAUGCUUCCAACCAAUCCGAUAAUGGUUCCAGCUUCAGCUCACCAAACAUGAGUUCACUCCAGAAUUCUUUUCACAACGACCAGGUUCCAGUGGCGUGGGGACAGGGUUCAGCGAGCGAAUGCAACUCCGCCCUUUUCGACAAUGCCAUCCUAACAGACCUCACUUCGCAACAAUGCUCACCCGGCGAAUCCUCCGCAGCCUUCACCACUUCCGUUUCCACUCCAAGUUCGGACGUCCCGUCAAAACAACAACCAGCGGCAAGGCCCCCAGUGACUGGGGGGUUGGAGUUGGUGAUGGACCUAAAUAUGAAUGCUGCCACAAGCUUACCCCGCCGUCAUCGCCCUCGAACCCAAGCACAGCGAGAGCGAUACCUUGCGGUGCGCAGUCGUGGUGCAUGCGAAAAGCAUAAGAAGCAGCACAAGAGGUGCACCUGCGUCGAUAAAGAACUCGCCUCGAAGCAAAAUGCCGGGCAGCGCGUGGUGAAUUCAAAACUUUGCGAUGCCAUGCUCCGCAGACAGUCCUCAACCGUUCAUUCUCAGAACGUCGAUUCAUCUCGAUCGACGACGAACUCACCCACGGAGGGCUACGUUUGGUGUCCGGGAGGCAGUCUAGACCCGAAGGGACCGUGUGAAUGCACGAGUUGCCAUGAGGAUAUGCUUCGUUGGCAAUAUCUCCAAAACCUCGACAAAGCUGCUGCUCUUGACCCCAUGCAGAAACUUGUGCAUACUCAAUGCCAGGCAAAACAGAAACGGUUUUGUGUCGGGAAAACUUUGCAGUCUGGGGACUCUGGGGAAGGCAGUGUGCAAGAUGCGUCACCCUCUGCAUCCCAAAGACCGGCUAAUCUUCCUCUUGUUGGCACCAUCGCCCAUGCUAGUCUAGCCCAACGCUACAGGGCCGACAACCAGCUACAAGCUGCUGCGCAGAGCUCGCCAUGCAUGCCAACCCACACCUCGCCAGUCUCAUCAUUCAAACUUGGACGCACCACGAACAAAGGCACAAAUACACUCGCAGACGUAAGAAUGUCGUCCGUUGGUGUCAAGGUUGACACAGACAAUGUCCACGUGCGUUACACGGGCCAUAAUGCUACUGUUCAGCCAUCCGCAGCUCGCAGGACCCUGAUUGAGACAUCCGCUUCAACGGAGAGCCACGUUCUUCUCGAUCAACAUAUUCCGGAAAGCUCUACCCCCAACGCUGCUCAAUCUUGUUCACAACGAUUUGUCAGCGCUACCGUGCCGUCGUCCUCUUCAUCCCGAUCCAGCACUGCCCCCCACGCCCGCCAAAGCCCCACUGACAGCAGUAACUUCUCCAAACUGGACCAGGCGUCAGGCUACACGACCACCUUCCAACAAAGAUAUCGGUGGAUCCUCGAGGGGAGGACCACAGUCGGCGGAAGCCGUUUUACUGUGGUGAUUCAAGCCACCACGUCGAUGGUACCAAACAACAUUUUGGUGCUGGCUCAUUGGUUUGCGGAACAUAGUUGCAGCGUGUCACGCGCCCUUCACCUCGAGCCCACGCACAAGGCGCAAACACUUCGUGCCCACGGUUCGUUCCGAAUCUGGUUGGCUAUUUGGGCAUUCGCCGUGGUCUGGACGUCGUUCCUCCGAAAUGUGUUGGUAUAACCUUGUCGUUUGAGGUUACCGGCCCCACAUCGGUCCCCUCGAAUGAGUCCACCGUGAUCGAGUAAGGGCAUGUCUAUCUUUGUACAUGAUUUUCAUUUUGGAGCGUUUAUUUUCCAGAAAGCGUGCAUCUAUUAUGUCUUCUUCAUCCCUCUCUUUGCUAUCGUUUUGCAUCCAGCUGGUGGCUCCUCGCCGCUCGAUACCCCUGGAUGUUUGGUACAUGGCUGUAUUGCCUGAUUUGCUCAGGAUGCGAGUUUAGGCGACUAGAUGAAAGCAUAGGUGAAGUGUCUAGCAGAAGAAUGUGAAAACUUUUACUGCUCUGCCUGGUCAUGAACAGUUGCUUCCGUUUCCUUAGUACUUUUCAAAAAGAAAAAGUCAAAAUUAAGCUAAG